UUUAGCACAAGGUCGGGGUCCCCGCGGGGCAGUGCGCUGGUCCCUCGCCGAGCAUCACCCUCGCUCCGUCCGCAGCCGCUUGUCUCGCAGCACCGCAGCCAUGGCAAACAAGGGGCCAGCCUAUGGCAUGAGCAGGGAUGUGCAGUCCAAGAUCGAGAAGAAGUACGAUGAUGAGCUGGAGGACAGGCUGGUGGAAUGGAUCGUGGCGCAGUGUGGGGCCGCCGUGGGACGUCCCGAGCGGGGCCGCCUGGGCUUCCAGGUCUGGCUGAAGAACGGCAUCGUGCUCAGCAGGCUGGUGAACAGCCUCUACCCCGAUGGCUCCAAGCCCGUCAAGAUCCCCGACGCGCCACCCACCAUGGUGUUCAAGCAGAUGGAGCAGAUUGCCCAGUUCCUGAAGGCGGCCGAGGACUACGGUGUGGUCAAGACAGACAUAUUCCAGACCGUGGACCUGUUUGAAGCCAAGGACAUGGCAGCGGUGCAGAGGACGCUGAUGGCCCUGGGGAGCCUGGCAGUCACCAAGAACGACGGGAACUACCACGGGGAUCCCAACUGGUUCAUGAAGAAAGCGCAGGAGCACAAGCGGGAGUUCACCGAGAGCCAGCUGAAGGAGGGCAAGAACAUCAUCGGGCUACAGAUGGGCACCAACAAGGGAGCGUCACAGGCGGGGAUGAGCUACGGCCGGCCCCGGCAGAUCAUCAGCUAGGCACGGCCCCGCCGCCCCCAGCCCUCCGGGACCUCCGUCUCCGCUCCCCCCGGCCCAGCGCCGCCGCCAAUCCAUUGGUAUUUAUUGAGGAGCAUCCGCCCGCCAGCCCCAUCGCCCCGCCAGCGGCUGCAGCCCCCAGCGCCGUGCUCCGGACAGCCUCUGUUCCCCGGACAGCCUCUGUUCCCCGGACAGCCUCUGUUCCCCGGACAGCCCCUGUCCUUGCAAAGCCCCUGUCCUUGGACAGCCCCUGUCCUUGGACAGCCCCUGUUCUUGGACAGCCCCUAUCCCCCUGACAGCCCCUGUCCCCGGACAUCUCCUGUCCCCCCAGACAUCCCCUGUCCCC